UACUUUAUUUAAAAAAAAAUAGAACUACUUCUCUAUAAAUUAACCAAAAAUAAUAAUAAAAAUAUUAUAUUAGCCGGAGAGUGACAUUGAUAAUGCUAUUGUAGUUUUUGUACUUCAUCCUGACUUGCACUAAAUAACUUAUAAAGUUUUACAGUGAAUAAUUAUGCAAUGCAGUCCUCUAGUAUCGUGUAGACAUUCAAAAAGCACCGUCUGUUAACGCUUACUGGUCUAUAUAUAUUAGGAAUUUAUAUGUUCAUUAAAAACCAUGGUGAACUUUUUAAACUAGCAAAGGACUAUAUUAGGAUUAAGAGAUCCAACUCGCUUUCUGAUGCCAUACUGUAUAACAGCGCUUCAUCAAAAUAACGCAAAUGUUAUGUGUAUUAUGGUCUUUAACCACCUUCCAAAGAAUAUUGGAGAGAUGCCUAAAACAAUAACGCAUAAAAAAUUAUAUUAUGGCUAAUAGAAAAAUGCUUUUAUAGUUUAAAUGAAUUCUUAAGAAAAAAAUAAAAGUAUUUAAAUGUUAUUUUUUGAGAGGUACCUACAAACUAAUGUUUAUUUUAUAUUAUAUUAUAAAAUUAAAGCUAUGUAAUGUGUAUUAAUUGACGUAUAAAUAUAAAAACUCCAAUAUUGACCAUCUAAUAUUUGUAUGCCGAUAUAUUGGCGAAUUGUGUUGUGCAAUUCAUACAAAUACAUCAUUCCAUUUCAUUUCACUCAUUUUAGAAUUUACUAGAUCAUUUAGAAAUUUUGAGAUCUUUUCAGAAGUCCUCAUGAGUUAGAAAAGGAAUCCAAAACUAGAGUAAAACGUGGAUAGGAUUGGAACUUAGCCUCAACGAUUUCGAAAUUACGUGAAUUGUACUAAAGGUCCCAUACAAAGUACAUAGUACGUGCGAGACGUUGGUGGCUGAAAUAAAAAUAAUGUCUUUAAUAACGUUUAGGCUAGCUGGGUAUUACUUUUGGUUUCUACACAAUUUUGGGCACUACUCCUGGCCCGAGCGUUUGUUGGGUUUUCGAUGGCAGGUUGCUUCGUAACGUGUUCUAUGUACACCAAAGAAAUUAGCGAUGAUAAUAUCCGAGGCUCGCUGGGAUCAUUGCUUAUUUUAUUCCAAACAACUGGAAAUUUGUUUAUGUAUAUUAUUGGAGAUAUGCUGGGAUAUCAUACCAUACUUUGGAUAUGUCUUUCAAUACCGACCCUGCACAUUAUAAUAUUUAUGAUGAUGCCAGAAUCACCGUCUUACUUGGUUAAACGUAAAAAACUAGAGGAAGUAAAAAGAGUGAUUGCUUGGCUGAAACACAGGAAAGAGAGCGACUCAUUAGUAUCAGCUGAGGUUCAAAUGUUACAAAAAGAACAAGAAAAUGAUUCGAAGUGCAGUGAGUUUCUGUUGAAAGAUAUAUUCAAGGAUAAAGUAAUGCGCCGGGCAUACGGUAUUGCAAUGACGGUUACUUUAGCCAGGGAAGUCUGUGGUGCAAUACCAAUCCUCAACUAUGCCGGAGAGAUAUUUACUAUAGCCUCAAGGGAUAGUAGUCUUAUUCUGUCGCCGAAUCAGCAGGCUAUGUUGCUUGGAGGUGUACAGGUUGCCGGAUCCAUUAUAGCUUCAAGUUUUAUUGAGAAAGCUGGUAGAAAGAUCCUUUUCUUCGCGACGGCUCUCAUCUCUGGCCUUAGUAUGUGUGUUCUAGCGUCAUGGUUCUUAGCAAGAGAUUAUGGCGUAUUGGUCCCCAGCUGGAUGCCCAUGGUGACAAUGUGCCUCUGUAUAUUCUGUGACUCAGCGGGUCUGGCACCAAUUUCACUCGUGAUUGCAGGAGAAAUAUUUUCAUUCAAGUAUCGAGCAACAGUGAUGGCGACGACCAUGGCCACAUCGUCUUUGGUUGACUUUAUUCAGUUACUGUUCUUCAAACCUCUGGCAAAUGCUGUCGGUAUCCACGUAGCAUUCUAUUUCUUUGGAAUAUUUUGUGUUAUUAUAUCGGCGUAUACUCUACUGUUUGUGCCAGAAACAAAGUCUAGAAGUCUGGAUGAUAUCUAUCAAGAUUUGAUGAAACGUAAAAAGAAGACUAAGGAAAUACCAGCACCAUAAAUGAACACAAAUGGAACUUUGGAAUUGCGGAAGAAUAAUUCACAAUUUUUAUUCAAGUACAGAAUGUUGCUCUAAUUUAUUUAAAUAAAUUGAAUUCUUUCGCAAAAUUGUUGUUAUCGAGCGUUAUGUUCGCAUAUACAUGGUCAGUAUAUUAUUAUAUAGUUACUAGGCACUAAAAAUAAAUAGUUAGAUAAUAAAGUAUGCUAUGCAAUGAUAAUGUUUAACUUUUCUAUUAUUAUUAUUACAAUAU